AUGAACGGCUUCACUAGCUUCAACGACACGUGGUUCCAGCAGCUCCACCGCCUGGUGCAACAGCUCUCCUCCUGCCCCAAACACCCCACCACCACCGAGCACCAGCACCACCUCCUCCACGUCAUCAACAAGGUCAUGUCUCACUACGCCGAGUACUACAGCGUCAAGUCUCUGGCUGCCGAGCACGACGCCCUCUCCGUCUUCAUCGCCCCGUGGGCCACCACCCUCGAGCGCUCCCUCCACUGGAUCGGCGGAUGGCGCCCCACGACCGCCUUCCACCUCGUCUACUCCGAGGCCUCCAUCCACUUCGAAGCCCACAUCAUCGAUAUCCUCCGCGGAUUUCGAACCGGCGACCUUGGCGACCUCUCCCCCGCCCAGUUCCGCAGAGUUAGCGAGCUCCAAUGCGAAACUGUGAAGGAGGAGAAUGCGAUAUCGGAGGAGUUAUCGGAGUGGCAAGACGGAGUGAGCGAGCUGAUGGGAAGCAGUAGCGAUCUGGAUGUGAAGACGGGUCUGCUGACGAGCGUGUUGAAGAAGGCGGAUGAUCUGCGGCUGAGAACGGUGAGGAAGGUGGUGGAUUUGCUGACACCGCAGCAAGCUGUGGAGUUCUUGAUUGCUGCGUCCGAGUUGCAUUUCGGAGUCCGUGGAUGGGGAAUUACUCAGGACCGUCACCGCAACAAUUUCUGAUUCAUAUAUACUGAUCGACGGUGGUGCUUUGCAUCUUUGGCGGACGUUGAUUGGGUACUAUAUACACUUUGUUUUGUUUGCAGUCUGAACCGCUACUGUGAGAUGUUUUUCCUUUUAUUUUUAUUUUUAUUAUAUUUUUCUUUCGAGAAGAACAAAUGGAGUGAGAUGUUUUUCCUUAACGUCUAGUUAAAUAUAAAUUUUGUGUUUAUCCUCC